UUUUACGCACACCUAUUUCGACGCCAUUUUUGUUUUGACCUCGUUCUCGGUUAACUUUGGGUUUCCGAUGACGUAGUUACUCGGUGUAAUGACAGAAAACAUCAUGGUUAAUUUUACCGAUAAAAAAGUUGGAAAGUUCAGGAUUUGAAGAUAUUUAUCCAACUUACAUUUACCCUAUACAUGAUUUUUCAUGUUUCUACUAAUGCAAAUUUUCAUCCAUUCUUAAAACGUCCCUGUGGAAGCUUAGAUUUAAAAAGUUACUGGAAAUUAUUUUGUACGUCUGCAGCCGACGUUGGAGCUAUCAAGGUCACAUCACUGCCAUGUGACAUAUGUAGUCGCACUAUUUUAUGCACUGUUUUGGAAGAUGUACGCAUUAUAUAUCAAUGCGAUCAUUACUACACACUUCAAUUUUUUUCUCUUGUCAAGUAGGCUGCGAACACUGGGUUCAUCUAAAGUUUUGUAUAAAACAAAAUGUACCAAAUUCCUCUGUAAACACUGCAGUCCAGAAAAAUGAAAGAAAAAACAUCAGACAGCCUGUAUUAAAAAAGCAGAGUGAUUAUUUAUGUUCUUAGCCUCUUAUGUUCAUGAAUGUUUAAAUGUUUUCAGAUUUAUUUAUAUCAUUUGUCCUUAGUAUUGAUUAGCUUCUUGCAUCUGCUUUUAUGUUAAGUUUUAUUGCAUUAUCCAUGACAGUCAUGGUGUAGCACAUUACUUACAGUGAUUACACAAAUAUUUAAGCCAAUCAAAAGCUUCGUAACAAGUAUCAUGUAAGAUGCGUAGAAAUAGGUGUGUUAGAAAAAAGUAUGGCCGACCACACUUAGUUGUUGUUUACCGUUUGAUUUCUGGCAGUCAGUUGUUUAGAAUAAGAUGUUAUUGGUAUGAUUCAAUGCAUAAAAGAGUGAAGGGCUAUAAGUCUACAGAACAUAGUUUUGAUCAUCCUUGGUUUCAGACAUGGAUAAUGUUUAUCGGAGAGUCACUUUGUUUGAUAGGACUGUGCUUACAUAGAAGAAGAGAAUUACAAGAAUACAGGAAACAUGUUACAGAGAAUGAUGCUCUGAUGGUUCAGCCACAUAUAGAAGUAGGACCUCCUGUUCAUGCAAGAGUAUUUCAAUGGAUUGUUGUUGUACCGACCUGUUGCGACCUUGUUGGAACAUCACUUGCUGGUAUUGGUUUGGUGUAUGUGGAUGCCUCAGUAUGGCAGAUGUUGAGGGGAUCUAUCAUCAUAUUUGCUGGCAUUCUUUCAAAAAUAUUUCUGAAGAGGAAGCUGAAGUUGACACAUUGGUUAGGGAUGAUUAUGGUCAUGAUUGGUCUAGUGUUGGUUGGCUGUUCCAGUGUGUUUAAAAGUCAAGAUCAUAAAACAGCUGGCAGCAAGACUCUUCUAGGUAUAUUGCUGAUCCUUGGCAGUCAGAUUGUGAGUGCUAGCCAGAUGGUGAUAGAGGAGGCCUUUCUGAAAAAGAGGAACCUUCAUCCUUUACAUGUUGUUGGAUUAGAGGGCAGCUAUGGAUUUGUACUCAUGUCUUUUAUAGUGUUACCUGCAAUGUAUUUUAUACCUGGUGAUGAUGUACACAACAAUUACGAGAACAGUGUAGAUGCCUUGUACCAGAUAUAUUACAGCCCCAGGCUUCUUGUGUUUUGCCUUCUCUACCUGGGAUCUAUAGCAUUUUAUAAUUACUUUGGACUAGCUGUUACAAGAUCGCUCACUGCUGUGCACAGAACUUUGAUAGAUGCUUGUAGAACAAUAAUGGUGUGGGGAGUUGAUCUCAUUAUCUACUAUGCAUUUGACAAGAACUUUGGAGAACCUUUUGACAAAACGUAUGGAAUUCUUCAAAUUGAUGGUUUCUUAUUUCUCAUGAUUGGUACAGCAAUGUAUAACCAGCUCAUAGACCUGAGAAAUUUUGUGCCAUGUUGCACUUUCCAGUCAGAGGAAAUGAAGAAUGUUUAUAAUGAAUCUAGUCACCAUGGCAACAUACAAGAUGUUAGUUACAGUGAGGAGGAGAGUGACAAUGAAAAUACAAAACUUCUUAAGGGAAGAAGAUAAUUCACAAACUUGACAUUUGGAGGAUCAAAUUUUAUCUUCUUAAACAUUCCGCAGAAUUUUUGCUGUCUGAUGUAUAAGUUAGUUUUGACCUUUGUUAAAUGACAAUUUUGAAUCAGACUAUACAUUUUAUAUAAUAUAAUCUAUUGCUUGCUAAAAAUAGUAAGUGUACAAAUUCUGUGCAAUAGAAGUAAAAUUGAUUUUAGUAUGUAGUGGUUUUAGAGAAUACUGAUAAUUUGAAAUAGACUAUACACAUAUUGAAUAUAAAAACGUGGUGAUAACCUAUAAAAAAUUUAUUUAAUGUAAGUAAAUACUUUAUGACUUUGAUUAAGUGCAAUAAAAAUGGAGUGGAAAUAAACCCAGAGAAAAUAUUAGUUCAUAGUGGUGUUAGAGAAUAAUGUUAAUUUCAAAAAGACAAUACACAUAUGAAAUAUGAAAUAUAAAACAUGAUGAUGACCUAUAAGUGUAAGUAAAUGCUUAACAACUUUCAUUCAGUGCAACAAAGUGAAAUAGCUAUUGUUAUGGCUGCUUACGCAUAGCCUGUAUGUUUAGAGCCAAUCUGACAACUGCGUUAGGGAGUCGGCUCAGUGGUUACAGCAUUGGCUUUGCGUAAGCGACUGUAACACUAUGAACUCAGAGGGAAGGUUUUAGUACAUAGAGGUUUUAGAGAAUAAUGAUUAUUUGAAAUAGACUAUACAUUUAUAAAAUAUGAAACAUGGUGCUAACCUUUAAAUGUAAGUUAAUGUUUCAUGACUUUGAUUAAGUGCAAUGACAAACCAAUGGAAAUGAACCCAGAGAGAAAAUUUAGUUCAUAGUGGUUUCAGAGAAUAAUAAUUUGAAUAGACUAUAUACAUAUAGAAUACAAAACAUGAUGAUGACCUACAAGUCUAAGUAAAUGCGUCAUGACUUUUAUUAAGUACAACAAAAUUAGACAAAAAUGAACACAGAUGGAAAAUUUCAGUACAUAGUGGAUUUAGAGAUCAAUAAUGAUUAUAUGAAAUGGACUAUACCCAUAUAAAAUGAUGACCUAUAACAUGUAAGUAAAUGCUUCAUGACUCUGAUUAAGUGCAAUAAAUGUGAAAUGAACUGGAGGGAAAGUUCAGUACAUAGUGGUCUUAGAAUAUAAUGUUUUACACUUAAUAAUAAUGAGGACUGCUAUGAAUCAGACUGUAUUUAUUAUGAAAUUCUUUUGUAGCAGAAAGAGGAUCAUGUCAAUCAAGAAAACAUGAAGGUGUAAAUAUGACAACCCUAAUUUUCCAAAUUGUUGAAAAUAUAUAAUUGAUCAUGAACAAUUAUACCAAUAUUUAUGGAUAAAAUGUGUAUUAUAUUGUUACAUCACCUUUAUUGGAUAAAUGCUAAUAACAUUUCAGUUUCAGUAAAUAUUUUCUGUUUAACAACUUUAGUAAAAACUUUACUUUAAAUACAGUAUGUUAAUCCGGCUAAAGGUUGUACUAAUGUGUCUCUACAUAUAACUUACAAGUUGUGUUUAUCAGUAUUGAAGGAGGGCAUGCAAAAUGCAGAAUUGUGAAAUAUAAUGAUAUAAAUAAUAAAUUUUACAUGAAGUAUAAAAUAUCAUGAACAUGAUAAAAUUUUAAUGUGAUUCAAUGACUUUAUUAUUUUAUUAUCUGUUAUUACACUGCAUGAAGGUUUUUAAUUGGUACAAAUGUAAAUAAUAUACAUGUAUAUUAAUAUUGUAGUUCCUUUUAGUCUCUCACAGUUUGGUUCUGACAUUUCUUAAGUAUUUGAUACUCAGUUUUAUUGAUAUUUUUUUAAUUGCAUGUACAUGUAUUUGUUUUUAAUAUGUAAAUUUGAAUUUAAAAAUAGAUUAUUUUUAUACUAUUAAAACUGUUUUACAAUCAUUUGUUGCUUUUGUUUAAUAU